GUGUUCUGUACGACGGUGGAAUGAAAGACGAGAGUUAAGCUACCAGCACACUGUUUGUCAUAACGUCAAAUAUUUGAUAUCUUCCGUGAAAUAAAUUUGAACUGCUGUGUACUGGCUCUCCAAAUAUUUGAUCAAACACGGUUUGCCAAACUUUUUAUUCGUGUUUGUCAAGGCGAUUAUUUGUCGAUUUGUCAAACAGUGUACUGACCGGUUUGCCAAAACUUCAAACAGCCCACACUCACCACUUGAUGGCGCCUAAAAACAUCAACGCAGUGAACAAUGAGUCGUGAGUUGUCAACCACAAACACCAGGUCAAGCUUCGUAACUAAUGAGUCCUCAAAUCCGCACACGAUAAUCACUCCGGGAACAUCUUCUACUGAGGAUUAUACUGAGUACCAGUAUUUAGAUGAUGAUAAUCUCCGCGAAAGUGAUGCUCAGGAGCAACCUAAAAGGCGUAAGCAAAGGCCAAUUUUACAGAAGCAGCAAUUUCAAAUAAACUAUGAACAAAUUCGUGAAGCACACAAGCAUAAGAUGCAACUUGGUGUUGAUUUUCCGAUUACUCCAUCUUCUGGCCAUUCUUCGCCCCAGGAUCUUAUGACAUCAGUUUUCGAAGAAGAACAUGUUGCCAAACCGGCCUGCUGUAAUUGUGAAAAAGUAACACGGGCAUUAUACAGAAAAAUCGAUUCAGUAGUGAAAAAAAUUGAUGAAAUUGGUAACCGCAUUGCAAAAAUUGAAAAUCAUAUUUACCAAGAAAACGUAGCGGUUGACGUCCCGGUCACAUGGCCGAUUUCAAACAAAGAUCAAUUAUAUAAUGUGGAAUCAAGUUUGCGUGCGGGAGACUCGGGUCUGAAGAAAAAACUUAAAAGUAUUUUUCGGAGAGGACAAAGGAACAAUAUGCAAAUCUUUUUGCGUGAUAAUUUACGCAGUUUAUUGAGGCAUUGUGGGCGAUUUACAUGGACCGGGUUAACGGCAAACUGUAUGAAAAAUACACUCAAUGCUCCCUCUUCUAACUGUGCAGCGGACUUGUUAACCGUGAAUAUAUUAAAAGGUAAAUAUCCUCUGUUAUCCGAAUGGAAAGUAGAUAGAACUAUAUAGUUCCGGUUUUAAAUCGUGUUUUCAGAUUUUUGAAGAUAAUGUAAUUUAAAGUAUGUAUGUGGGUGUGUUUGUAUGUGUGUAUGUGCGUCUGUGUGUGUAUGUGACAAAAAUAUCACUCAAUUAUCUCAGAGAUGGCUGAACUGAUUUUGACAAACUUGGUCUCAAAUGAAAGGUAAAACGUUCCCAUAGGCUGCCAUUAUAUUUUUUAUGGAUCCGACAUCUGGUUCCGGAUUUGCAGGGUGGUGAUGAGUACGAUCACGCAGAAUAUCCCGAUUUCAACAUAUACUGCGAUGCAUGUAAAGAGGUGAAAAAG